AGUAUGACUCUCGCACGUACCAGCACGUACUCGAACAGUAUCUCAAGAGGUUUCUUAAUUUUUAUCUGUGGAUAGUGAAGUAGUGAAAUAUUAGCAAUUAUGUCCAAUGACUUACUAAAAUCGUAACCUGUUCGUGCAAUAGCAGCAGUAGACUAUCCAACUAGACAGCACUGUCAAGUAGAAUUGAACCGGAGCAUUGCAUUGUGAGGAGUAGGUGCGACUGAUUGUCAGAUACGUAUGGAGGUUACUCCAAUUUUGACAGAUCUUUAUCAUGCCAAUUCAAUCAUUCAGUUGACAACCAUUUGACAAUUUACCCAUAACUAAGUUUAUAUCGUUUUCUAUUUCACGUAUAUGUUUGGGCUACGAUUUUAAUUGUCAUUGUAGUUUACUUUUUCUUCUCGUUAAAUUUCGGUUCUUAACAGUUUAUAUUAUAACAUACCGUGGAAAUUAUUGUUGCGUGACAACAUGAAGCUGCAUGCAGAUGUAUAUGACAAAUUGUAUUUAUACAUAACACCAGAAAAGUUCUACAUAGAACCUAUUGGGACUAAAGUAUUACUUGUAUUUGAUAGAGUGAGUCAGCAAAUUUAUACACAAGCUGGUACAGCCAGUCAGAUCCCAUCGACUGCGAGUCGUAGAAAAAUAUGGGGUAUAAUAGGAACUAUAAGGUUAUUAGCAGGCCGGUAUCUCAUAGUCAUUACAAAUGCCACAGAUAUUGGAACCAUUGCUGGACAUCAAAUUUACAAAAUAGUUGCAACAGAAAUUAUACCUUAUACAAAAUCUUCGUUGCAUCUAAGUGAAAAACAGCAACAAAAUAAUUCUAUAUAUUUAGAAAUGAUCAAAUCUGUUUUGAAUACACCAUAUUUUUAUUUUAGUUAUACAUACGACCUUAGCCAUACAAUGCAAAGACUUCAUAAUACAACACCUGAAUUCUUACAGAUGCCCCUUCACGAUAGAGCAGACCUUAGAUUUGUAUGGAAUGCUUAUCUUCUACAAGAUUUAACUUCGAGGCCAGAGCAGUACAAAUUUUGUUUGCCCAUUAUCCAUGGAUUUGUAUCGCUAAAUACGGUAACUGUAACUGGUAGUACAUCGUUCAAUUUAGGUAUCGUAUCUAGACGUAGCGUCCAUCGUGCUGGAACGAGAUUGUUUUCGCGCGGCAUAGAUUCUACUGGUAAUGUUUCUAACUAUGUAGAAACAGAACAGUUGAUCGAAUCCAAUGGGUAUCGCAUAUCUUUUGUACAAACACGUGGCUCUAUUCCAUUGUUCUGGUAUCAGGCACCAAAUUUGAAAUACAAACCUAAACCUCAGUUGAGUAAUCACGAAGAUCAUCAAACUGCUUGCGCACGGCAUUUUGAGGCUCAGAUAUUUCACUAUGGAAAACAAAUUUUGAUUAAUUUGAUCGAUCAACAUGGUCCAGAGGCGAUACUUGAAAAGGCAUACCGCAAUGUAGUACAACGAAUUAAUAAUCAGAACGUUCAGUACGAAAGUUUUGAUUUUCACGCCGAAUGCAGAAGAUUAAGAUGGGACCGAUUGAACGUUUUACUUGAUCGGCUAGCUCACGAAUUGGAACAGAUGGGUUACUUUUUCCUCGCGGAUGACGGGACGCUACUGUCCGCUCAAGAGGGUGUUUUUCGUACUAAUUGUAUCGAUUGUCUCGAUAGAACCAACGUUGUUCAAAGUAUGAUAGCAAAGAGAGUUCUUAACCAUGCGUUAUCAAAGUUGGAAAUUCUUAGGAGAAUCGAAGAUCACCCUAGCGUCGAAGAACAUUUUAAACAGGUUUGGGCUGACAAUGCUGAUGUGAUAAGUAUCCAGUAUUCGGGUACUGGCGCAUUGAAAACAGAUUUUACGCGAACUGGGAAGCGUACUAAAUUGGGUGCUAUGAGAGACGGCUUGAAUUCUUUAACAAGAUAUUACAAAAAUAAUUUUACCGACGGAUACAGACAGGAUUCACUGGAUUUAUUCUUGGGUCGUUACAUCGUGCAAGACGGUGAAUGCACAUUGGUUCAAUGUCCUUUAGAGAGCGAAAGAAAUUGGCGUUACGCUACGUUCCCCUUGGUACUUCUUGUUGCAUCGUCGAUGCUAGUUGCUCAUAUAAUUCUCCCUUCGAGAUAUACCACUGAAAUUUUGUUGUAUAUGCUAUUUUGGGGCGCUAUGGUGGGUGGUACAUUUGCAACGAUCAUUCAUCAUGGCAAACAAUACGUAGAUAAACCAAAACUGCUCUAAAAGGUUUUCGUUUCUGAUCGCACAUAUUGUAUAGUUCUUUUAAUUCACGUCGGUGACACGUCUCGUGUUAUUUUCUUUGUUUAAACUUUUAUAUUAUCGCAAUGUUAGGUGUUAGGGGUUUAUUUCGAAAUUUUGUAAAAAGAUCUAUCAUUUGCCUAUAGGAAUUCCAAUCUUGCAUAUACCUAUUGCAUUUUAUGUUCGAAAAAUCAUAUAUGCAGUUGUUGUAAUAGAUAAAAUAAGCAUAGGUGAAAUUGGGGAAACGUGUUUUUAUUGAUGUACAUACAUUUACAUUGUAGUUGAUCGUUUUUGAUUAAAUCCCUUGCAUUUCCCAUGUAAGUAAAAUAA